GAAGAUCUGUCAAUUCCUCCCAAUCCAAGAGCUCCCGCGUAGUAGGAGCUGCGUGUUUCUACGGGUAGUGACCGAGGAGGUUUAAACUCUCUGCAUUCCGACGCAUUUCACAACUGAGGCAGGAAAACCAGAACCAGCCAGGGCGUCCCACCUCAGCCCGACGUGCUCCUGCACUCCAGCGGGUGUUGAGAUCCAUGGAAGUGGCCGGCUUGUACGAGGAGGGCAGCUUUGCUAUCCACGGUAGAGACGGCUUCAUCGGACCCAUCGGCGGAGGCUCUUACUGGAGGCUGGGCGACUCGAUGACGGAGCUGGGUCUGGGGGAGCGGGAGAGAGCCAUAGACUUCAGCGUUUACCUGGACUCCGCUUUGCACUGCCCGCAGCUGGCGGCGCACACGCAGCAGCAGGGGGACGCCUUCUCUGAUUUCCUCGGGGAGAACAAGAUCAAAAGACUCGCAGCUUUCCAGAACUAUAAGAAUUACUCGCUGCUGAGCGAGCUGGAGGCGAGCCAGUGCGAGGGUGCGAGGGAGCCCAGGGAUCCGUACGCGCUGGGUUACCCCGAGCUGCAGGAGACCCGUGUGGACAGCGUUCUCAGCCCGGAUCUGGUGGCCAGCCGUUACCGAGCCGCCGCUUCCACCGAGAGAGAAGACAGUCCGGAAGACGCAAAGAUGGAGAACGGGUCAUCUGGGUUUGACAUGAGGUCCUACCUUCAUUACCAAUCCACCAGCGGAAGUAUUGGAAACAUCUCCACUGCGUCCUCGACCUGCUCCAGCCCGCCUGGCACACCUGCCCCGUCAGGUAAAAGCAGGUCACCGUCGCACGGUGGAAAGUCGUCUGGCGGGAAGGCGAAGAAGCGCCUGGACAAGGACAGUGAAGAGUACCGGCUGAGGAGGGAGAGGAACAACCUGGCAGUGAGGAAGAGCAGGGACAAAGCCAAGAUGCGCAACUUGGAGACGCAACACAAAGUGCUGGAACUGGCUGCGGAGAACGAUCGUCUACAGAAACGCGUGGAGCAGCUGUCCAGAGAGCUGGCCACCCUGCGCAACCUGCUCUCCGCCACCGGACAAUGUUAGAACUCCCCACCUCCAUCCCCCGGGGAUACCGCAUGGAUAUCUCCCCCCGGAUCCCCUCGCUGCUUGCCUGACAGACUUAACGGCGCAAGAGGCGACCCACUGUGCUGAAAACGGUACUCUGUAAACAGACCGCCAGUUUACAUGGACACUUUGAAUGAGACUGAACAAGUGGCUGCAUGGAUUGCGCAACCAUUACGCGACUUUUCACUUGUCCUCAUAGCUUUAUUCUCAGAUGUAAUUUUAGUGUAUGCAGUAUUUCUGUGCAGGUUUUACAUUACCAGUGAAUUUCUACAUUUUGUGUACACUGUAUCUGCAGCAAUGGCUGUCAGGGGAAGAGUUGUGCUGCAGUGAAAUGAUGCAACUCUUUGUAAUAGUAUUGGCAAUGAAUGAAAUAGUCUAAUUAUUUAAUAUUAAAAGGUGAAAUGCUUUAAUUGUUCUUGAUAUUUUAUUGAAUUAAAGAGAUUUAUACUUUGUUUAAACUA